AUGUUUUACGAAGUUUGGUGCCUUCAUUAUGGAUUUGUGACGUUCGAAGACCCAGAAGUUGUGAGAAAACUGCUCAAUGACGUGAACGGCGUCUAUUUUAAAGACCGGAGACUCUGCAUUCGUCAGGCUUUUCGUAAACACGUCGGCUCAGAGAAUUUCCACAGGUCCGUGUUCAGUGUGGAGCCUGAGCUGGUGUCGUGUGAGACCAUGUACCUGACCACCACCUCUGGUUCGCCCUACACUUUCCACAAUGGAGUGGCCUAUUUCCAAAACCCACGAGCCAGUCCCAGUGCACACCUCUGGACCCCCCCCCCAGCCCCUGUGAUGGUCUCUCAGCCCCGUCAGCUCGUCUACCACCAAACAGCCUGUCACCACUACCAGCCGCAGAGUUUCCCAAACCAUUACCAGUGGAACUCUGCUGAAUCUCCAGUCGGCGCUGCUCUGGUGAUGUGCGCUCAGCCUGAAUACUUCCAGCUCGUGUCAGAGGGAGUGUCCCAGCCCCUCAUGGACGACUCCAGCGCAGAGUACUUUGACCCCGCUCUGUACCAGACUUACCCCGUGUACCCGCUCAGAGCAGAGAGAGUCCCUCGCUUUGUGCCUCAUCACGAAUAUGGAAAGAAUCACGUGUACUCGACCGUCUCAGUUCCUCCUCCUCUUCCUCCAGUGACCAUCUCUUACUUCAGGGACCCAUCGGACCCAGAGAACCAGGGCCCCCCCCCGUCUGUGCUGCAGUGAAGCCGUCGAACAGAGGCUCCGAAAGGGAAGAGACACUCGCACCUCACGCCCCCGCCCGCCUGACCUCCAC